GCACCAUGAACACAUUUCCGGGAUUGCGGCGCUGGAGGUGGCCACGUGAAGGCGACACACCGCGGCAGAGAAGAGCCGAACGACCCGGAGGAAGGAACCCUCACCACCUCCACCCACUACACACUCCCGGGCGGGCAGGCUGUUGGCGCCAACCCGGACCCCGGCUCCAGGCUCCAGGCCAACUCUCCUACGCUCCACGGUGACGCUCUGAUCGGACCUGCCGCUAACAAUCCCUCCUUUGAUCCGCCAUUGUGCCGUGUGUGGCUGCUGUGGAGCGGCUAGCCCCGUUAGCACGGUCUGUACCGCGGGAGUGUGUGCGCUUUCUCCGCGCCUCGUCCCGAGACCCGAGUGUGCGCAGCCAGGGACAAAAGAGAAGCACACCGCCGCAGAAUGGGGAGAAAGUCCAACAAGGCCAAGGAGAAGAAGGCGCGGCGUCUGGAGGAGAGGGCCGCCAUGGACGCCGUAUGCGCCAAAGUGGAUGCAGCCAAUAAGCUGGAGGACCCCCUGGCUGCCUUCCCUGCCUUCAAGAAGUACGACAGAAACGGGCUGAACCUGCAGAUCGAGUGUCGGAGAGUGACCGCUCUGAACCCUCUGUCCGUGGAGUGGGCGUUCGAGCUGACCCGGGCCAACAUGCAGACCCUGUACGAGCAGAGUGAGUGGGGCUGGAAGGAGCGGGAGAAGCGCGAGGAGAUGAAUGACGAGAGGGCGUGGUACCUGCUGGCCCGUGACGCCGCAGACUCCGCCCCCGUGGCCUUCUCACACUUCCGCUUCGACGUGGAGUGUGGAGAUGAGGUGCUUUACUGUUAUGAGGUGCAGCUGGAAAGCAGAGUGCGGAGGAAAGGACUGGGCAAGUUUCUCAUCCAGAUCCUACAGCUCAUCGCCAACAGCACACAGAUGAAGAAGGUGAUGCUGACGGUUUUCAAACAUAACCUGGGAGCGUACCAGUUCUUCAGAGAAGCUCUCCAGUUUGAGAUCGAUGAGACGUCUCCCAGCAUGUCUGGCUGCUGUGGGGAUGACUGCUCCUAUGAGAUCCUGAGCCGGAGAACCAAACACGGGGAGGCGUCGGCCGGCCACACCCACGGUGGCGGGCACUGUGGCGGCUGCUGUCACUGAGGCUCUUCUGAUUUGCUCGUCUUAUGUCCUCUAUGAGUGUGAGGAGUGAGCGUGGACAUAGACAGCACUCUGGAGCAGCAGCCUUUGUUUCAUGACUUGGUUUAGUCUUUUCUUUUGUCCCAGUUAGGUCUUUAGCUAGUGCUGCUCCUUUCCACCCUCUUCACCCAGACACUUUCAGAGAACACUGGUACAGCUGGGACUGCAGGGCCUGUCCCCACAUGGACAUGGACAUCUGUCCUCAUCACUCACUUUACACAAGAAGCUCCAUGGAUGUGGCUCUGACAGUAUUUGUACAAAUACAUUUUGGGAGAUGGUAAUAAUGGUGUUAAACCUAGCAUUAUGUCUUAAGUUUGAUUUUCAAUGGAUACAAUCAAAUGUUGAAUCUAAAAGUCAGUACUGGACCAGUGUCCAUGUGCCCUGUCUGACCCUGAGCUCCUCACACUGAGGCACACACAUGUACAGUCUGUAUUUAUUGAAAAAAUGGCCGCUAUCUGUUUGCUUCCGUUUGCAGCCUUCAUUUGAAACCUGCUCAUUCCUUUGUAAACAUUCACUCUCAUCAUUCCACUCCCCUGGGAAUGCCCGCUCUGCCCUCCUCUCUCUCCUCUCCCUCCUCUCCUUCCUCUCCUCUCCCUCCUCUCCCAUUGACACAUUUCUGGCUCCUUUAUUUGGAUUGUAAGAGAGGUGUCACAGCCCAUGCUGUUGUCCCCAGCUCGUGUGCAUGUCCUAAGAGUAAAAUCAUGACAGACUUUUGAUUAGACACAGUGAAAACAGGACUCACGCAGGAGGUGAGGCGGCCGCCCUCCACUGCCCCCUCAUGGCGCUCUCAGGAUAACGCUCCACUCUCAAACCUCAGCUGUUUUUAUUUGAGUUUAAAAGCCUUACACAGUCAAUUAGUUGUACAUGGAAAUUGCCCAAUGCCUUUUUAACAUGCCUCUGAGCUAAGACAGCUUUUAUUUGAGCUCUUUUUAAAUGACCAAACAGCUCCUGCGUUGUGUGUAUAGUUAUUUCGUUGUUGGCCUUGUUGAAUCUGAGCUCUUUGUUUUGGAGUCAUAAAUCCACAAAAGGGAUGUUCUGCCUUGUCAGUGUUUGAUUUGUUCAAAUAAAGGAAAGUUAUUUGACUUUUCAAA